GGUGAUCUUGUCAUGUUCUUCGCUUUGAGUUAGGCCCCCACAACAAACAAGCCCGCGUCAGCCACAGGCGCCCUCCUCUUCCCAACCACUCGCGUUUUUUUGCCUCUGUCCUUAAAGUCCUUUUCUCGGGGCCCGGCGCAUGAUUGAUAUUCCCCGGACCCGGAUUUUGUUUUUAGAAGAUACCACCACAAAGCAAAAUGCACUAUCCAAGCCGAAGUACCGUAAUCGAAGCAGUUCCCCUCACGGCCGAAGCGUUUGCACCCUUCGGAGACGUGACCGAGAACCCACGGCCCGACGUCCACCCCUCAUCCGCCGAUAAGCACUUGCCCCUCCCGCUCGCUGCUAUCGUCGCCAACCAAGGUUCGGCCAUCAAAUACCAGCAUGUCUCGCGCCAAAUAAACCUCUACGACCAGGCCCCGAGCGGCCGACCGGGGUCCGCCGUGAUGAACGUGUUUGUGUGUGCGGCCCGCGCCCACAUCCCGGACCCACCCCAAACCCCGGCUCCGGCCUCGGCUCCGACCCAGAACCCAGCCGUCGCGGAGCAGCAACAGCCGGCCUCUCCUCACCCCCAGCCUUCCACAUUCCCCAUCACCGUCCUCGAGCGCCACCCCUACACCACCCAAACCUUCAUCCCCCUCACCGCCGACCCCGCAGCACACUACCUCGUCAUCGUCGCCCCUUCCCUCCCUCCGGGAAAAAAAAAGAAGGACGAUGAUGAUCUCAACAACGGCCCCCCACAGGACACCCUGCCCGUGCCCACCCGCCUCCCGCCCGCGACCGAGUACCCGCGCCCGCUGCCGGGGCGCGGCAUGCCCGACUUGCGCCGCGUCCGCGCGUUCGUGGCGAGCGCCGCCCAGGCGGUUACCUACGGCGCUGGGACGUGGCAUGCGCCCAUGGUUGCGCUGGGCGAGAAGGGGACGGCGGUGGAUUUUGUGGUGGUGCAGUUUGCGAAUGGGGUCGGCGUGGAGGAUUGUCAGGAGGUGGGUUUGAGGGGGGAGGGGGCGUUGGAUAAGGGGGGGUUGCUGGUUGUGUUGAAGUCGGGGGAGCGGAGUGGUGGAGGAGGAAGGGGCGAAGGGAGGGCGAAGUUGUGAGGUUGCAUGUGUUGGAGUUGGAACAUCUAGAUGUGUAGAAUGUUGGAUCAUUUACGCUAGAGCUGGCGGUUGACUGGGCUGUAUACUGAAGAUAUUCACCCGCCGAGCAUUGUUAUACAGGUCAGCUGGUCAAGUCACCGAGCAGAGAGAGCUUUAUAUAAUACCUAUCUAUCAUUCGUAUGUGCUUCUAAAUCUAAU